AUUCCGGAUGUGCUGUUGUCAGUGUAAAAAUUGUUUUUCGGCAAUUUGCCUACCAGUUAUAUGGCCUAAAUUCACGUUAUACACGAUUUAACAACGGAAUAUCAAAACUGUCUGUGAUGUCAACAUGGAGAGAGAUGACAGUCAAGAAAAAGGAGAGACAGAGGAGAUAACAAGUUGUGAUCCACCCUCUGCUGACUGCAUCCCGUCAACUGGUUCUUCUUAUCACACUCCGGUGCUGCUCUCUGACAAUCACACAGUUCCUGAGCCUGCUGGAACAGUGGGAGGAGACAAAAACACCAAUGUGACUUUAGAGGAGCCUACAUAUCCACCUACAUCAGAUUCUAUGGGAGAGAAGGGACUACAAGCAGCUCCUGACCAGGAUGUAGAACCGGCUCCUGUUCUGGUAAAAGAGGAAGAGACUAAUGCGUGCAGUAAGAUAGAAUAUCAGAACUGUUCAGGUGGUCAACCAGAGACUGUCCCAGGGGAGGUUUCAGCUGAGAAUGGGCAGGAUGACUCAGGGGAGUUUAUGGUCACUAUUUUGGCCAGGGGUAAAUUGGAGGAGCAAGGUCUGGGAGUGAAGAGGCGUUCCUCUCCACUGUCAGAGACUGGCGCCCCAGAGGCCCCCCCAUCCCACCGAGACGAAGACGUGACGGCGGAGAGCUGGAGGCAGCACAGGAAGCAUGUGUUUGUCCUGAGUGAAGCAGGGAAGCCCAUAUACUCCCGCUACGGUAGUGAAGAGGCCCUGUCGUCCACCAUGGGAGUCAUGAUGGCACUGGUGUCCUUUGUCCAGAGUAGUGACAACAUGAUCCGCUCGGUCUACUCAGCUUUACAUCCUUUUUUUUCUCCAUGUCUGUACUCUCUACCCCCGCCUCCCUCAGAUGGGCACACAGUGGUGUUCAUGCAGAAGGGUCCUCUGGUGCUGGUGUCUGUGUCAAGCAGCCGCCAGUCAGAGAAGCAGCUGCGUGGUGAGCUCCUUUACGUCUACUACCAGAUCAUCAGCAUGCUCACCCAGGCCAGCAUCGCUCGCAUCUUCCAACACAAGAAGAACUAUGACCUGCGGCGACUACUGGCCGGCUCCGAGAAGAUCCUAGACGGCCUCCUCAACCUGGUGGACUCGGACCCCAGCUUCCUGCUGGCAGCGGUGCACUGCCUGCCAUUGGUCUCCUCUCUCAGGGACUCCCUCAGCCAGAUCCUGCAGAAGGCCAUCACCCCCAACCUGGUCUUCUCCAUCCUCAUCGCCAAGAACCAGCUGCUCACCAUCGUCCAGGAGAAGACGGUGAUCGAGGACGCCAGGCUGGAGCCUGCUGACGUCCACCUCCUACUCAACCUCAUUGGGGCCUCCUCUGCCUUCCAGGCUGGAGAGAUCUGGACUCCCAUCUGCCUGCCUCUCUUUAACCCUGACUGUUACUUCUAUGCCUACAUCUCCUACCUGGACCCCCCAGAAUGCACUGUGUGUCUGCUGCUGCUCUCCACGGAUAAGGAGGCCUUUUAUGCGGUGGCAGAGUGUAAGAGGAGGAUAGAGGUGGCCAUGCUGGCUCAGAGCUCCCUGAGCCUCAUAGCCAAGGCCCACUCCUACAGCGUGAGCCAGGUGGGCGUCUCAGACCUCAGGCACUUCAUGUACAAGCCCUUUGACGUGCCAGACAACCACAAGCAGCUCACCCAGUUCACCAGCCCAGAGAUGGAGGCUCCUUACAGCACGGAGGAGGAGAGGAUGAGGCUGCUAGACCUGUACCGUUACAUGCACGGUCGCAUACACAGCUCCUCCCGGGCCCUCAAGCUCAUCUACCACGUGGCAGAGAGGGAAACGCUGCUGGCCUGGGUCACAAGUAAAUUUGAAUUGUACACCUGCUUCAGCCCCUUGGUGACUAAGGCUUGUGCCAUUAACGCCAUAACCAAGCUUCUACGGUGGAUAAAGAAGGAGGAGGACCGUCUCUUUAUCCGAUACCCACCCAAGUAUUCAACCACGCCCAACCCCAGCAAAAGCUCCCGAAGGUCUGACCAGCAGGAUUCAACAGAUAAUGGCUUCAUGUCUCUACUAUAGAGCUGCUCUAUCUCUGUGCUUAGCUCUGGCUCUUGCACUCUGUCAACACGUAGUUUGUACACUGGCUCUACCACAUCCUACAUCUUUGGGUACUUCAUUGAACUUUGACCACUGGACUAUUUAAGGAGGACUUGCCUUUUUGACACUUUCAGACUCUUCUGUACCUUUAUGAGAAAGCAUGUACAGGAACUGCAUUAACGCUUUAGAUUAGUCGAACAAGUUGAUGUUCAGGGAAUCUGUAAAGUGAAAGCAAACAUUUUUAAAUUGGCUAGUGGUGGAACAUUGAAGAUAAUUUUCAAUGAUAUUGAGUUUUUAUAUUGUUUUAUUCUAUUGUAACAAAGGUGAGAACUUCUCGAAUGCAUCAUAUCAAAUACUUGUUACAUAACUAUUUCAAUUCAAGCUUUCAUGGUCAUUGACACUGUAGCACAUGACAAAAAUGAAUUGGGACUACCUACAUUAUAGAACUACUCUUGAAUUUGUUUUCAACUGCCUUCAUAAUUAUUGCUAGAAACCUUUAGAUGUUGACAGGCUGACACAAACUAAAUCCUAAGUGUGGUUAUUGGUGGGAUGAACAGGAAAUGAAUGUCUGAAUUUUGAAAUGUCAUCAUGAAAUUUGGAAGGAUUACCACUUGUUAUGUGGAUAUUUGAUAUGACAUGACUUCUACAUGUUGUUCUCAGUUGAUACAAUUGCUAAACAAUUGUUUGACUUGCAUGUUAUCAUCUUUGCAGUUUAGUUUGUAAAUAGUGUUAACUCAGUUAAUUAUGCUCUGGUAAUGUAAAUAUUCAGUUACAUUGCCAUUCUAUCCUUUAUUGCUGGGAACCAAAUUCCUCACCCACAGUCUACUCUAGUAAUCUUCAUAUACUUUUAAGUACUUGACGGUUAAAUGCUUUGUCCAACACACUCAGAAAAUCCCACAUUAGAGUUCUAAUUUGUGGGAUUGUUUAUUCAGACACUUCAUGCAAAUUCUUGUUGGAUAACAGGAUCAACAAUGCGUCAUGUCCUGAGUGGUGGCUGUUCAGGCUGUUAGGAACAUCUUAUCUACAGUAUUCAUGUUCAGUUGGUUCCUAAAUAAAUCCCAGGUUG